AUGGAGUUAUAUUCCCUGAAUGACUACAAGCCACCUAUAUCUAAAGCGAAAAUGACCCAAAUUACUAAAGCAGCCAUUAAAGCUAUCAAGUUCUAUAAACAUGUGGUACAAAGUGUUGAAAAAUUCAUCCAGAAAUGUAAACCAGAAUACAAGGUACCGGGCCUUUAUGUCAUUGAUUCCAUUGUACGACAAUCCCGACACCAGUUUGGUCAAGAAAAGGAUGUGUUUGCACCAAGGUUUAGUAAUAACAUCAUUAGCACUUUCCAGAAUUUAUACCGUUGCCCCGGGGACGACAAGAGUAAAAUAGUAAGAGUAUUAAACUUGUGGCAGAAGAAUAAUGUAUUUAAGAGUGAGAUUAUUCAGCCUCUCCUGGACAUGGCAGCAGGGAUUCCGCCUCCAGUUGUCACCCCUGUUUUGACCAGCACUACUGCUGCCAUGAGCAAUACCCCAGGAACUCCAGUGACACCUGUUACUCCAGCCAACGUGGUCCAGGGUUUACCUGAUCCCUGGGUAUCUCAGAUAACAAACACAGAUACUCUUGCAGCUGUGGCUCAGAUCCUACAAAGUCCUCAAGGUCAACAGCUUCAGCAGUUAAUACAGACUCUACAGAUCCAACAGCAGAAGCCACAGCCUUCCAUUCUGCAGGCCCUGGAUGCUGGCCUUGUUGUUCAGCUGCAGGCUCUCACAGCACAGCUUACAGCUGCAGCUGCGGCUGCCAACACCCUGAAUCCCCUGGAGCAGGGGGUCUCCUUUAACAAGAAGUUGAUGGAUAGGUUUGAUUUUGGAGAAGAUUCUGAGCAUAGUGAAGAACCCAAAAAGGAAAUGUCAACUUCUCAACUUCCUCAUGUUUCAGAGUCUGUGAACAAUUCGAUUUUUCAUCAAAUAGCUGAACAACUACAACAACAAAACCUGGAACAUCUUAGACAGCAGCUCCUGGAACAGCAACAGCCUCAAAAGGCAACACCUCAGGAUAGUCAAGAGGGAACAUUUGGAUCGGAGCAUUCAGCAUCACCGUCACAAGGGAGCAGUCAGCAGCAUUUUCUUGAACCUGAAGCCAAUUUGGAUGAUUCCAUAGACAUUCAGCAACAGGAUAUGGACAUAGAUGAAGUUCAGGAAGUGGUAGAAGAGGAAUCCGUCUUUGAGCAAGAAGCAAAAAAAGUGGCUGUUCGUUCCAGAUCUAGAACACGCUCAAGAUCCCGUUCAAGGUCACCAAGAAAACGGAGGUCUAGGUCGCGGUCUGGGUCUCGGAAGCGCAAACACAGAAAGCGAUCCCGCUCCCGCUCGAGAGAGAGAAAGCGGAAGUCAUCACGUUCAUACUCCAGUGAGCGAAGAGCCAGAGAGCGGGAGAAGGAGCGACAGAAAAAGGGACUGCCUGCAGUUAGAUCAAAGACGCUGAGUGUCUGCAGUACGACUCUCUGGGUGGGUCAGGUGGAUAAGAAAGCAACACAACAAGAUUUAACCAACCUUUUUGAAGAGUUUGGACAAAUUGAAUCCAUCAAUAUGAUUCCUCCCAGGGGCUGUGCUUACGUUUGUAUGGUUCAUCGACAAGAUUCCUUUCGGGCCCUUCAGAAGCUUAGUUCUGGGUCAUAUAAAAUCGGGUCCAAAGUCAUUAAGAUUGCCUGGGCUUUAAACAAAGGUGUCAAAACAGAAUAUAAACAGUUCUGGGACGUGGAUCUGGGAGUUACAUACAUCCCCUGGGAAAAAGUGAAAGUGGAUGACUUGGAAGGUUUCGCGGAAGGAGGCAUGAUUGAUCAGGAGACUGUAAACCCUGAGUGGGAAACGGUGAAAAGCGCCCCCGAGCCUGUGAAGGAGCCUGCCCCGGCCCCUGAAAGUCCACCCCCUCCGGUUGAAAAGGAGCCCGCAGUCACACCCCAGGCCCAGGCGGAGGUGUUCCCUCCUCCUGUUGCAAUGUUGCAGAUUCCAGUCGCACCAGCCGUGCCUACGGUUAGCUUAGUCCCGCCUGCCUUUCCUGUGUCAAUGCCGGUUCCUCCUCCGGGAUUCAGUCCACUGCCUCCACCUCCAUUUCUUCGAGCAAGUUUUAAUCCUUCUCAGCCACCUCCUGGUUUCAUGCCACCUCCUGUCCCACCACCUGUUGUCCCACCUCCUGCUAUCCCACCGGUAGUGCCAACAUCUUUAGUGCAGCCACCGUUAUCCAUGACGCCGGAGACUGUGAAGGAUGUUGGUUUUGGUAGCCUUGUUUUGCCAGGUGGUUCUGUUGCCAGCAGCCUCGUGACUCCUGCACUGCCACCUGGAAGUGUCUUUAACCCUCCAAGUAAGCAGGCAGAGCCAGAAGACAAAGGACCUCACCUUGCAGACCACCAGAUUCCUGCUGGUGAAAACCCGAGAGCAGUGAUUCCAAAUGACGUUGCAAGUAGCCCUGUGAUUUUAGGAGGCCCACCGCCCAACGUGACCAACAGCUCUGGCAUGCUGGCAGUCCCGAGACCAAAUGUGUCAAGUAAUUCUGAAAUGCUUGGAGUCCGCCCAUCCCUUGUUUCCAGUAAUUCUGGGGUUAUUGGUGCUCAGCCACCAAAUAUUCUGAAUAACUCUGCGAUUUUGGGACUACAGCCCCCGAGUGUGUCGAGUGGCUCAGGACUUUUGGGAGUGCUUCCUCCAAACAUGCCUACGAACAUGCCUGCUACUUCUGGACUUGUAGGAAUACAGCCACCAAAUGUUCCCAAUCCCCCUGGACUCUUGGGAACACAGCCGCCACCUGGGCCUCAGAACUUACCCCCUCUAAGUAUCCCUGCUCAAAGGAUGCCUCCAAUGCCAAUGUUAGACAUUCGUCCUGGAAUGAUUCCACAGGCCCCUGGACCCAGAUUCCCUUUAAUCCAGCCUGGAAUUCCACCUCACCGGGGGCUCCCUCCCCCCUCAGUACUCGAGCCAGCCCUUCACCCACCACCUCGUGGUCCUUUUCCUCCAGGAGAUCUUUUUGGUCAUCCUGAAAGACCUUUCCUGGCUCCUGGAAGGCAAGGUGUUGACAGCGUUCCUAAUCCAGACAAAAGGCUGCCGCUUGGGAACGAGAACAUUCAACAAGAAGGUGAUCGAGAUUACCGCUUUCCUCCUCUGGAAGCUAGAGAAAACAUCAGCAUGCCUCCUCCGGUGGCUGUUAGGGAAGUUGUCGGGCGGCCUGUCGACCCUCGUGAAGGCCCUGGAAGGCCUCCGUUAGAUGGUAGGGACCACUUUGGAAGACCUCCUGUAGAUAUAAGGGAGAACCUCGUGAGGCCAGGUGUAGAUCAUAUUGGUCGAAGAGACCAUUUUGGCUUUAAUCCUGAGAAGCCCUGGGGCCAUAGAGGAGAUUUUGAUGAGAGAGAGCAUCGUGGUCUCCAUGUCUUUGGUGGUCCCAAAGGUUUACAUGAAGAGAGAGGCCGAUUUCGGCCUGGAAACUAUAGAUUUGAUCCUAGAGGUGGUCCUUGGAACAGAGGAUUUGGACAAGAAGUUCACAGAGAUUUUGAUGACCGCAGAAGACCCUGGGAGAGGCAGAGGGAUAGGGAUGACAGAGAUUUUGAUUUCUGCAGAGAAAUUAAUGGAAAUCGACUUGGAAGAGACAGAAUUCCCAACACCUGGGUCCCACCUCCCCAUGCUCGAGUUUUUGAUUACUUUGAAGGGGCCGCUUCUCAACGAAAAGGGGAUAAUGUGCCUCAGGUUAAUGGUGAAAAUACAGAGAGACACGCUCAGCCACCACCUUUACCUGCACAGAAUGAUCCUGAACUUUACGAUAAACUGGCAUCUUCAAGUGAGAUAAACAAGGAGAAGAGUGACACAGUUGCUGAUAUAGAAAGUGAACCAGUGGUAGAAAGCACAGAAACUGAGGGGACAUAAUCAUCACUCAGUAGGUAAAAGAUACGUUUUGUAAAGUUGUCAUCUCGCUGUAAUAGAUUAAUGGCUGACUGGACCAUAGGUGUUCACUUUUGUCUGCCAGAAUUAAGUUAAUCUGAUGUUCAUGUUCACCUUUCUCUUAAAAUAAUUGUACAACUGACUUGUAUAGACAUUGUUCUUAUUAUGAACAUGGUAGGUAAACUUUUUUUUUUAUUUUUCUGGUAAACUAUAAAUAUUGCCCCAGAUUCUUUUAACUUCAAGGAAAUGAAUAACAGCUUGUCAGAGACUUCCUAUGGAAGAAUGUGGUUUUUAGAUACUACUGCUAGGUUGGAUAUGGUAAUAGAUAUAUUUCAAAAUAGCAAGUGGUGGUAUAUCUAUCUUACCCAUAUCUUUAGGCUGCUGCAGAAUUUUAAGGUAAUAGACAAAGCUGUGAUAUUUUAUGCAAAGACUGGCUCUAGAUACUUUGAGGAGCACAAUACAGAGAUUGAAAAAAGUGGUUUUGUAAAAUCUACACUGUGGUCUCUGUUUCUCCAAAGUAAGUGUCUGUGAUUUGUUCCUCAUACUGCAGUGAGUGAAAAAGAACAAAGAAAACGACAACAAAUAUUAAAAUACCUUUCAUUGUUGGGUGAGUUUUGUUUUUAGAUGCCAAUAAAACUUAUUUGUUUGAUAA